AUGGCCUCCUCCUCGUCCGCAGGGCCCAAGGCCAAAGCUGCGAAGGAUGUAAAUGAGCUUGCGUCCGCUAUUUACGACAAAUGUAUCUCAGACUUCUCUUCAGACCACCUAUUCUAUCAACAUGACCUUCUGGGCCUGGGCGUUAUCCCGAACAAUGAUCUGGCGCUGCUGAUGAAAUGCGCUCAGUCCCUUGUGGACCAGAGCUUGUUUCGUAUGCUUCAUGGUAAAGAUGAUCGGCUUGCCUGGAAAGUCGUUGAGCAGUCGGAUGCGGAAAAGCUCCAGAAUCUGAAUGCCGAAGAACGAAUGGUUUACAAUGUUAUUCACUCCACAGGCCGUCAAGGUGUCUGGACGAAAACAAUCAAAGCGCGGACCAAUUUGCACCAAACGAUCAUGAACCGGUGUUUGAAGUCCCUUGAAGCAAAAAACUACAUCAAGUCCGUACGGAAUGUCAAAUAUCCGCAACGCAAGAUCUACAUGCUGGCCGGCCUUCAACCAAGCGAAGAGGUUACCGGCGGCGCGUGGUUUACUGAUGGGAUUUUGGACGCCGACUUUAUACACAGUUUGGGCGUCUGGAUAGAGCGUUGGAUCAGCGCAAGGAGCUGGCAUGAUACCGAAAAGGCUGAUCGACAGAAGAAGAAACGGAAGCUAGACGAAGCUUCGAAACCCACCGAACCUCAAUACCUGCCGUACUUGCCUACGUACACGGGCUAUCCUACCGUAACCGACAUCACUAAAGCGAUCAACGCCUCGGGUCUGACGCCUGUUACAUUGGGAGAAGGGAGUAUCGCUCAACUCCUCGAGAUGCUCUGCUACGACGGCAGAUUGGUCUCUCUUCGUGACGGAGCGGCUUAUAAAAGCGUUAAGAAACCAAACCAGAUAUCUCUUCAACGCGAACUCGGUUUUCAAGGGCCUGGGGCCGACAAGGGAACUUCUGACCAAGAUCAACUUGCACUUGGGAGUAAUGGCAUGACGGAGGUACCUUGUGGCAGAUGUCCAGUCUUUUCGUUAUGUCACGAAGGCGGGCCCAUCAACGCGGAGAAUUGCGAAUAUUUCCAAGAGUGGUUAAAGGAAGCUCUUUCAUUCUAA